AUGACGGGCCCAUUUCAUACCUAUGGGCCAACCUGCCUGCUAGUAGAUGAAGAACCGGAGCUGUCGAGUCUAUUUGCACUCUCCACGCCGCCAGAAAUUCGCUCUCACUUUUUCUAUGUUUCAUCCCUGCCAAUCGACGAUCCACUGGCUCCGCUCCCGCCGCCAACAAGCGGUCAAGCAUCGGAAGAUGAAAGACUUCCUCCAAAGCCGUUCUCAGCUAGGGACAACUUAGCUCUGGAGAAAGCCUGGCAGGAGCUUGGGAAGGCCCGAGAAACCCAGCAGGUUGGCAAGAUAGGGCCUUUGCCAGAAACGCCGACGGCGCGGUCUGGGAUCGCUGUUCCUGGCCAAGGAUCCGCCUUCGAUGUUGAAGGACGUCGGAAAGCGGCAUCCAGAGGAGAUACAAGUCUAUCAAGCACUGCAAGUACUCCUGUUGAGCAACCUUCGCCUCCAGAUGAGCUGCCCUCCCGGAGUGUCAAGGGCCGUUCCGGGCAUGCUGCUACCAGCUCUGAUGCUCGGCCCGAGAGCUACGCAGAGCGGCGCUUGAUGAUAUCAUCUGCGGAUGAUGACAUGAAUGAUGGCAGUUUUAGUAGGAGUGGCGGUGGUAUCUACAAGAAGAGGGAUCGAUCCACGUCUGUGAACGAAUCACUAUCAACAAAACGAAGAAGCACCUCACCAAUCGAUCAUGACAUGGAGGAUACUCAUGAUGAGGCUACCAGUCUACGUGCCAAUCGAUCGCGAGAUGCAAGCAUCAGCGGAUCACCUUUCAUCAGGGCCCCAAUCUCCCAAUCACACAGUCCCUUCGGCCGCUCGGUUGAAUCAUUACCACCGAAGGAUGGGCCUCAGGAAGGGCAGACUGAGUUACGGACUCCUGCUACUCCCCGAUCCGUACCAAAGCCAUCGGGCUUGAGAACCACUGUGAGCUUAGAAGAAUUGACAAAUGAUCCUACGCGUGAGGAAGAGUCUCAGGAGGACUCGCAGAUCAAACUCCCAGUUGGUGCAUCUCGACUCCACUUGGUCGAGUUGCCAAACUUGAAGAUGAAACCUAUCUACUGGAAUCCGCUCCAUGACGUUUCAAACGUUGUUCGAGCCACCUGGUUUUACAAAAACACCAUGUUGCCCGUAGAGACGGAUCUUGCGAACAAGCUGGAAGAGGGAUACGUCUAUUUGAGACCGUGGACAGAGACAUGGCAAGAUGAAUUGAACAGUUGCGUUGAGAAUGGGGCAGAUGCAGAGAUGAAGAUUGUCCACGAACUCUGGCCCAAGCAAGGGUCGCUUCCCACCAGCCGACCCGGCACAGCACAAGAACCGAACCAGGCGAGCAAUGAGCCUGUUCCAAAUGAGAGUGCCGAAGCCUUCAAGUUUGAGCCCAAUCAAGCUGCCGGCGGGACGGCUAACCGCCCCGAAAUAAUCAAACCUUAUGCCACUUCAAGCGCGAUCUAUGUGGAUGCCCGAAAUGCCCAGAUCCUGAGACCCAGCCUACUCCCAUCCGUUGCACGGGGUAGGCGACCACUGAGUGCUAUUCGCAAGGGACGCCAAAUUGGUAUUCCCGUAGUUCGCGGUUUCAGUCGCAAACGAUGGGACCAGCUCCAUCCAUCAAAGCCAAAUCCUGUCGAUGUUCGUCAGUAUAUCCGAAGAAGCCAAAGCCAAAAUACGGCUGCUGCGCCCGGUGAAGCUGUAUGCUACGCAUGCAAGAUGGAAGAGAUGCGUCCAAAUCCAUCAGACUUGGUCUUCGUCAUUCAUGGCAUUGGCCAAAAGCUCUCUGAGAGAAUGGAAAGCUUCCAUUUCACACACGCUAUCAACGCCUUCCGUCGCCAGGUAAAUAUGGAACUGAACAAUGAGCCAGUGUGGCCACAUGUGCGAAAAGAUCAUGGUGGGAUUAUGGUUCUGCCUGUCAACUGGAGGACAACUCUAUCCUUGGAAGAUCCAGCCCUCGAUACUUCAGACGCAGAAGACCCAGCGUCCAACAACUUCUCGCUCGCUGACAUCACGCCUGAGACACUUCCUGCGGUGCGCUCUCUGAUUAGUGAUGUCAUGCUCGAUAUUCCCUACUAUCUGUCCCACCAUAAACCAAAGAUGAUCAGGGCCGUUGCAAAAGAAGCCAACCGAAUCUAUCGCCUGUGGUGUAAGAAUAACCCUGGUUUUCAAGAAAAUGGCCGCGUUCAUCUCCUCGCCCAUUCUUUGGGUAGUGUCAUGGCUCUCGAUAUCCUGAGUCACCAGCCGACAAACAUUACUCGCUUUGAUUUUCCCAACACACCUCUACACAGUGACAUCUUUGAGUUUGAUACUAGAAACCUGUUUCUCUGUGGAAGCCCUGUUGGGUUCUUCCUGCUUCUUAAUAAAGCCAGCCUUCUCCCUCGCAAGGGCAGAGAAAAACCAGGUAGCGAGGGCGAGGAUCGACUGCGUGGUGUUGCCGGAGAAGCUGGCAAGUACGGCUGCCUCGCUGUGGACAACCUGUACAACAUCAUGCAUACAACAGACCCGAUUGCAUACCGGGUGAACGCUGCGGUAGAUAGCGAUCUCGCCAAUUCGCUAAAAAUUGCUUCCAUCCCAAGCUCCACCUCCUCAUUCAUACAAUCCUUCGGCAGCGUCUUCCGAUGGAGCUCAGCACCUGGCUUUAUCCCAACAACCACGCCGAUCCGCCCAGCGGCAGUAGCAAAACUCCCAUCAACAGUCGAAAUGGAGACCCACGACUUCACCCGUGAAGAGAUAGCCGAGAAGCGUAUGCUACUGCUCAACGACAAUGGCCAGAUCGACUACUACCUCUCUGGUGGUGGCGGUCCACUCAGCAUUCAGUACCUGAACAUGCUUAGUGCGCAUAGCAGUUACUGGACUUUGACUGAUUUCGUGCGGUUCCUCGUUGUGGAGAUUGCUCGUAAGCAGGGGCGGGAUGGAACUCUGCUUCCCUUUAGAGCGGAAAAGAAGAAAGAGUGGAAGUACUCAAAGGGUUGA